GACGCGAGAAUAUGCCAGUGGCAACUGGAAGCAGACGGGAUGUAGAAAUUUUCAAGAGCACCCUCUCUCGCUCACGCUGGAGUUUUUGGUGGGAAAAAGAUGCUGGUGGAAACAGUAUGUGAUUGUUGAGGCUGUAGCAAGGACCUAUCCGGUCUACAUUCGUAUCCCGGACAUCGGAUUGUGUGCACGUGACUUGUGUCUGGAGAUAAUCAAGUGUUAGAGAUUCAGUGAAAAAGAUGACCAUGGACAUUGCCAAUCAAGUGAAGAGUACUGUGAUGGGUGAGGAGCAUCUAACAGUGCCUCAGACCAAAGCACCUGAAUAUUCACAUGUGUCUAAAGUGAUUCCCAAUAAGCGUUCUUUCGAUGUGGCUUUCCUCAUGCUUCCUGAUGAAAAGUUGAAGCAGAAGCAGCUGGACAAGCAAGCAAAGCUAGACAGUGUGACCGUUGAAUAUCCAGUACAUCAAAUCUCAGUGAAAAAUGACCUUUUGCUGAGGCAUCAACCACCACCGGAAAAUUUUGAUCAACGCAGUCGAGGUAGUUCUGAAGAGAUAGACAUUGUGUCCAAUGGAGUCAACAACAACAACCAUAGCCCUUCGGACCACUUAAGACACCUUCGGUACCAUUCCCUUCCGAUGGGAAGACUCCCACGUAUCUACGAUGACCCCACAAUCCUCCCAUCUCCGGAAAGGACCAAUCUCUCAGAUCUUGAUGCUCAUAGGAGUGCUUUUACCAAAGUGCCCCAUCUCCGUGGGGAUUCCCCGAACCCACCUCUGUCACCAGAUCAACUCAGCUGCCCUUCAAUCAGCCCUCCUGUGUCUGUGAGUCCACCUCGACCGUACCCACCGGCGGCCUUUCGUCCGUCGGACUAUGCCUUCGUCAAUGCAUCUGGAGCUUUCCAGGCCCAGGCUCAGAGUCCCUCACCGAAUAGCCCUACGAAAAAUCUCAAGCAGCAAUUUAUGUAUCGUCCAGGCCAAGAUCUACCGCCUGGCUACCUUCCAUCAGCUUCGUUCCCCUUCAACACGUCUUCACAUCCUUUCAUGCAACAGCAAUCAGAGAUUGCAGGUAUCGUCCGGAAUCCAGCGGCUGCAGCUAUCCUAUCUACCCUCAUCCCACCAACUCUCGCCUCAACCUUCAGCUUAACCGCACAGAAUGUCUGUGCCAAGUGCAACAUCAGCUUCCGGAUGACCAGUGAUCUGGUUUAUCAUAUGAGAUCACAUCAUAAGAAUGACAUGACCGGUGACCCCAUGAGGCGCAAGAGAGAGGAGAAACUCAAGUGUCCAGUCUGCAAUGAAAGCUUUAGGGAGAGGCAUCAUCUCACGAGGCAUAUGACGGCUCAUCAGGAUAAGGAAAGUGAUGAUGCAGAAGUCACUCCAAAUGGGGUUCAGGGGACCUCUGGUAGUUCUUUUGAGUUAACCCAGCUGCAUCAGACUGCAGUGCAUCCGGUCAGGAGGCAGCAUCACAAGAGCCACUGAAAGUGGUGGCCCUAAAUUCAACUGACAACGUUCCAGAUGGUAUACAGUUGGAUUUGGGCGCCUAAACUGGCGAUGGUUAAUGCUCAGAGUGGUGAUAGAAAUUAGCAGAUUGUUUCCAGGAUUUUUUAAAAUUUAAAAAAAAACAUUUAAAAAUAGAAUGGGGUUUAGCUUGAGAAUGGGUUUUUCAAAACCAGUUAUAAUCAGUAUUUAAUUGCAAAUGUUAAUUCUGGUCAGAAUUUUUUUUUAAAAGUUUCAAAUUAAAUCGGACAUUCAAGAUUUUACAUAACGAUUGAUGCUUAAGAUAUUCCAGUAUUGUAUUAUCCUGGAUUUCAUUUAAGCAUUUUUUUAAUUCUUGGAGACAAAGAACACUGCUAUCGAUUUCUACAUCAAGCAACGAUAAAGUGAAUUUGAUUAAGAUAUAAAAUUGUGAUGUUAGAUAGAUACCGAAAGCUAUAUAUUGUGCGGAGUUCUUCUGCAGAGAUUGAACCCCUUAUUAAUCCAAACCGUUGAGAGCAUGAAGCAGUGUAGUGGUAAUUUUCUUUCUUGUGUAUAAAGCAAUAAAAAAAAACUGAAUGUGUAUAUAAUAGAUGAUAAAUGGACUUCAUAAUAAAAUAGAGAUUUUGGAAUUCAUUAAUCGCUAAACAUUUUAUGUGCAAUGUUUCCCAUCAAAUAUGAACAAAAUGUAAAACAUAUACAAAAUGGCAAAUAAAUUACUAAAUGUCCCUCAAA